CGGAAGUGCUAUAAGUAAAACUAAGAUUAGGUUGUGUGCAUAACGUCUGUGCUUUGUGGUACAAAGCUUGGGCUUAAGAAACCACGGAAGGAUUUAGAUUCGGCAGCGAUUUUGAGAACGCAUUGCUGAUUAACUGUCUCGACGUGGUGAUGUGGCGCUAACGCUGGAACCGGGGGAUCUGUUUCGAUGCUUCCAGUCUGGAGCUUGCCCACGUGGCAUCGUUAUUUGUCCCCGUGCGUUCCCAUGCCCUGAUUGUUAAUUGGCAUCCGCCGAACUAUGACGUGGUAUGAGUUCGUAUGUUUAUUGCUGUUGUUCUCUGGAGCUGCCAGAGCUAACGGAAUAAGCCACCAAUGGCCGGAGCGGAUCAUGGUUACUGAAGGGGGCACGGCGCAGCUGAGUUGUGCUUACAUCAGUAAUAUAAACGUUGCAAAGAAGUGGGUCGGAUCCCUUACCUGGUACAAAGACGAGGAACGCGGUACCGUUUGCAACAAGUGCAGUGGGUUUCAUGGUCGCGUAACGACGAACAGUUCAGGAGGCUUUCUUCACCAAACUUUACAAAUCGUUAACGUCAGAAUGAACGAUACAGGAAAGUAUUACUGCAAAGUACAAAUUUUCGACAAGGGAAGUUAUCUUGGCAAAGGGACAGAAGUUCAAGUCACAACAGGCAGGAAGGCAACAAAAAGCGGCGGAAGGAGCUUAUGUUGGCAGCUACUUGAAAUGGGAGUGAAACUUAUAAUAUUUCUUGUGAUCAACAUUGUAACGGUUCUCUUCAUCCGUUCCCAGAGGUCUCGUGGAAUUGUCAACAGGAACAAAUUAAUCUAACAUGGAAUUUCCAAACGGAAUAGUAGACUGCUUUUGAUGUUGUGUUUAUUGCUAAUGAGUGAGAAUAACUGCAUAUCUAAUUAUUAAAUACAGAAAAGGACUGUGUAUUUUAUUGCCUUUCAGAAUAUUGCUCUGUAACACAGCACAUGGGUAUUUUUCAGAUAAAUAUAUUACAUCCAACGAUAGCAUCAAAAGAUCACGUCAAUAUAUAUUAAUCCCAUAUGCCGCUUUAGGCCCGAAUACCUCCACGCAUUUCUUAUCGACUGCCGAAACUACGUAUAAAUAUCAUAAUUAUAUCUGCCUCUCUUGUCUUCUGUGGAAGGCCAUGACAGAUAUUAACCACAUAUGACAUACUUAUAUGAUAUCUUACUGAAAGCUGUAUGUUACUAAAUAUGAUUAUCCAGUUUAUUCUGACUGACCGCGAUGGUUAAUGGCAGUCGUACCGAAUAAAAACCAAAACCUUCCAUCUUGCGGGAAGAGAACGACUUGUUGAGCAGCAACAGGGAAAAAAGUAACCACGGAAAUAACGGGAAACAAUCGACAGCCAUUUAUUGGU